CCUGCGAAAGUCUGUGAAGGUCUGUGUGCGCAGCCUAGUCUCCGGAAGUGGCAGUUGUAAACCGCGUCUCCCCAGGGCUUUUCCCCUCCUGUCCCCCUUUGCUCUUCGUUCCCCCUUCCCCGGGUCCUAGAGUCCGUCGGGUUCCAACAGUUUUUGCUCUGACCCCGGCGAUCUGCCCAGGCCUCUUUCUACCAUUGAGAUUUGGAGCUGCCCCUGGGGUCUUGGGUGUGCGGUCUGGACCACGGGAGUCCCCUGAGGCUUCAGCCCAUCUAACCUGUAAGCCACAGACAUCUGGGACACGUGUAAUCCUCAAUAACGAAGUACACCAUUCAGAAACAGUGGGCUGUUUUCAAAGAGGUGGAAGGGAUUUACCAUGAGUUUAAACACUUCAAGUAAUGCCCCUGGUGACACCCAAAGGUUGAAGAAUGCCUCAUCUGAUGAAAAACAAAUGUUUAAAAGUGAAACAGACUUGGACAUUACUGCUGAUCUCAGAAAGAAACUCCAUCGGGCUAAGAAAGAAAAAUUAGAAAUAACAACUAAGCACAAUGCAGAGCUGGCAAGCUACGAGAGCCAGAUUGCCAAGCUGCGAUCUGAGGUUGAAAAAGGAGAGGCAUUGCGACAAAGUCUGGAAUAUGACCUGGCCGUUGCUAGAAAGGAAGUUGGUCUCGGGAGACGGGCUGCUGAAGAAAGAUUAGCUGAGGCACAUAGGAUCCAAGAAAAACUCUGUGCUCAGAAUGCAGAACUUCAAGGAAAGGCUAAUGAGAUCGAGAAGGCAUUCCAGACUUCCCAGCUGAAGUGGAAAGAAGAAUGCAGAAAAUUUGAACAUGAUUUGGAGGAAAGAGACAAUAUAAUUCAAAAUUGCAACCGAGAAUAUGAUUUACUUAUGAAAGAAAAAAGCAGACUAGAGAAAACUGUACAGGAAGCGUUGGAAAAACAGCAGGAGAAGAAUGAGAUGGAGUCUCAUAUCAGGGAGACAGCACUGGAGGAGUUUAGAUUACAAGCAGAACAAUGGGAAGCAGAAAGAAGAGAGUUACAGUUUAUAGUACAGGAGCAAGAUAAUGCUGUACAAAAUAUGCACAAGAAGGUAGAAAAAUUAGAAACUGAGCACAUGGACUGCUCUGAUCUUCUACGGCGACAAACAAGUGAACUUGAAUUUAGCACUCAACGAGAAGAACGUCUUAGAAAAGAAUUUGAGGCAACUACUCUAAGAGUGAGGAAAUUAGAAGAAAAUAUUGAAGCAGAGAGAACCGCACAUUUGGAAUCAAAAUUUAAUUCUGAAAUUAUUCAGUUACGGAUUCGAGACCUUGAAGGUGCUUUGCAGGUAGAAAAGGCCAGCCAAGCAGAAGCUGUUGCAGAUUUGGAAAUGAUCAAGAAUGAAUUCAAAGAAGUUGAAAGUGCAUAUGAGCGAGAAAAGCAUAACGCACAAGAGAGCUUUGCAAAACUGAGUUUAUUAGAAAGAGAGUAUGUCUCCAAAAACAAGAAACUAAAUGAAGAGAUCGAGGAACAGAAGAAAGUAAUUAUAGACCUUUCAAAGAGACUCCAGUAUAAUGAAAAAAGUUGCAGUGAAUUACAGGAAGAACUUGUAAUGGCUAAGAAGCACCAGGCCUUUCUAGUAGAGACAUGUGAAAAUAACGUGAAAGAAUUGGAAUCGAUCUUGGACAGCUUUACUGUGUCGGGCCAGUGGACAUCAGGCAUCCACAAGGACAAAGAUAAACCUCCCAGCUUCUCUGUUGUCCUUGAGACUUUGAGGCGUACCUUGACAGAUUACCAGAACAAGCUGGAAGAUGCAUCUAAUGAGCUAAACAGCAUGAAUGAUGCCAAGGAAAAGGCAUCGAGUGAACUUGAUUCUACCAAACAGAAGAUAGAAUCUCACACUAAAAAUAUAAAGGACCUUCAGGAAAAACUGGCUGAUGUCAGUAGAGAGUUAAGUCAUUUACGCACUAAAUGUGCAGACAGAGAGGCUCUCAUAAGCACGUUGAAAGUGGAACUACAGAAUGUGCUGCACUGUUGGGAGAAAGAAAAGGCUCGAGCAGCGCAAUCGGAGAGUGAACUGCAGAAGCUUGCCCAGGCUUUCCAGAAGGAUACCGAGGAGAAGCUAACCUUUCUUCAUACCUUGUAUCAGCACUUGAUAGCAGGCUGUGUGCUCAUGAAACAACCAGAAGGCAUGCUGGAUAAAUUCUCUUGGACCGAGCUUUGUGCAGUCUUGCAGGAGAAUGUUGAUGCCCUGAUCGCAGACCUCACCAGGGCUAAUGAGAAGAUAGGUCACCUGGAGUAUAUCUGUAAAAACAAGUCUGAUACGAUGAGAGAACUUCAGCAGACCCAGGAAGACACCUUUAACAAAGUGGCCGAGCAGAUCAAAGCCCAGGAGAGCUGCUGGCACAAACAAAAGAAGGAACUGGAGCUGCAGUACUCUGAGCUCCUCUUGGAGGUGCAGAGGAGGGCACAGAAAUUUCAAGAAAUUGCUGAAAAAAAUAUGGAAAAAUUGAAUCGUAUUGAGAGGUCACAUGAACAGUUGGUUCUUGAAAAUUCACGCUUCAAACACAUGUUAUCACAGACUCAAAGGGAACAAACAUCGUUGCUGGCAGCCUGUGCAUUGAUGGCUGGUGCCUUAUGUCCUCUCUACAGCCGAUCGUGUGCCUUAUCUACACAGAGAGAUUUUCUCCAGGAGCAGGUCAACACCUUUGAGUUGUUCAAACUGGAAGUUAGGACUCUAGCCCAGGCUUUGUCAAGUGUAGAUGAAAAGAAGCAAGAGGAAGCCAAGAUGAAGAAAAAACCAUUCAAAGGAUUGAUACGUGUGUUCCGGAAAGGUGUUAUUGCAAUUUUGGCAGCAAAUAGGCUCAAGAUUUUGGGCCAAUCAUGUGCCUCUCUUUUUACCUGGAUGGAAAGUUUCAAAGAAGGUAUAGGCAUGUUAGUGUGUACAGGAGAGCCCAAAGACAAGCAUAAAUUUCCAAAGCAUCAGAAGGAGCAGUUACGUUGUUUGCAAGCGCUCAGUUGGCUUACCAGUUCUGACCUCCUAGCUGCAAUAAUCACCUCUAUGGCUGAGUUACAGGAAGUCAUUAGUAAAACAGAUCCAAAUUCCAGAAUUUGUGGACAUUUACUCAUAGGUGCAGCCAAGAAUUCUUUUGCAAAACUCAUGGAUAAAGUUAGUCUGGCCAUGGAGAGUAUACCUUUGCAUAGUAGCAGGAGUAUUACAUACAUAGAAAAAGAUUCUCUGGUUCAGAGGUUGGCUCGUGGACUUCAUAAAGUAAAUACGCUGGCCCUGAAGUAUGGUCUACAUGGCCAUGUGCCCAUUUUGAAAAGCACAGCAUCGUUACAGAAGCAAAUAUUUGGAUUUACACAAAGACUGCACGCAGCAGAAGUGGAACGCCGCUCACUGCGCUUGGAGGUCACAGAAUUCAAACGAAAUGUGAAUGAAAUGAAAAAGGAACUUGACAAAGCCCAGGGUCUCCAAAUGCAAUUAAAUGAAUUUAAGCAGUCUAAACUGAUCACCCACGAGAAGUUUGAAAGUGCAUGUGAAGAACUGAAUAAUGCAUUACUUCGGGAACAACAGGCUCAGAUGCUGCUGAACGAGCAGGCACAGCAAUUGCAGGAGUUGAAUUAUAGACUUGAACUGCAUUCCAGUGAGGAAGCUGACAAAAACCAAACUCUAGGAGAAGCUGUUAAGAGUCUCUCCGAGGCAAAGAUGGAGCUGAGAAGAAAAGAUCAAUCUCUGCGUCAGCUCAAUAGACAUCUCACCCAGCUGGAGCAGGACAAGCGUCGGCUGGAGGAGAACAUCCACGAUGCAGAGAGUGCCCUCCGCAUGGCAGCCAAAGACAAAGAAUGUGUUGCUAAUCAUAUGAGAACAGUAGAAAAUAUGCUUCAUAAGGUCAGAGAUCAGAUCUCGCUGUCACGGACUGCGGCAAGUAGGAAUGACUUCACCCUGCAGCUACCCAAACUGCACCUGGAGACCUUUGCAAUGGAGGGGCUCAAGGGUGGGCCAGAGGUGGCAGCGUGCCAGGCUAUGAUUAAAAGUUUCAUGGAUGUCUACCAGCUUGCAAGUGCUAGAAUUGCUGCAUUAGAGAAGGAAAUGACAUCUCACCGAAGUCACAUUGCAACGUUGAAAUCAGAACUUCACACGGCUUGUUUACGUGAAAAUGAAAGUUUACAAUCAGUAGGAUCCCGAGACCAUUCAAAUCUCUCCAUUCCUUCAAGAGCUGCUCUUCCCGCAGAAGCAGUUGGUGUGGGGGAUUUCUUGCCAUUGCAAGCUGAACUGGAUACAACUUACACUUUCUUAAAGGAGACACUGAUAAAUCCGCUGAUGUCAUCUCACUCCUCUCCAGCGACUAUGUCUGCUAAUGCCAAACGACCAACUCAGAUUGGAUAAUGACUUUAUGAAAUAAAAACAAAAAAGGCAGGAAGAGUUAACAGUACAAUUAAAAUUGUUUUGAAGGGGGUUUUCUUAUCAGUUGAAUUUUGUUUCAGCACAAACGGCAGUGGGUUUUUAAAAAUCGUGUGGCAUGUUGACGUGUGCAGGUACGUAUGUCUCCUUGAAUAAUGAAAUAACCAACUUUUUUUCCUUCUAAGUUUUAUUUAUGAUCACAGUUGCUCAUUUUUAUGUAACAUAUUUUUAAAUGUUAAAGAAUGACACAUUUUGGGUAAUUUCCUUCAGACUUAAAAAAAUCAAUAAGCCAUUUUAGUCUCUAUCUAUCAAAGUUGUUUCAUACUUGUCUAUUUUAAAGCAGGACCGCAAUACUUUAAUAGGAUUGAAAGAGCUAUUUGAAAUGUAUGCCAAUGAUUCCUGUCAUUUCAUGGCAGCCCUGCCAUGGUUCACUGAGCCCCCUCUUCUCUCUUGUCAGCUCGGCUGAAGACAAGCAUUUAGUUGCAAACUUUAAGCAGGUUGUGCAAAACAGAAAUGAUGUGACUGCUUCCCCUCCUGCACAAUAAUGUCACUCCUGGUCAAUGUGAGAAGGUCAGGUUGCUCCUUGUAAAGCUACAUGAUACCACUUGCCCAUUUGAACAAGUUAACUGCUGAAUCUGGUCCCUGCAGGCAUUGAAAACUCAUCCUUUUAUCAAGUCUGCAUUUGAUGAGAAAGUGGAGCGAUCGUGCCGGCAGGAUUUCUGUGGUAUGGUUAGGCACUUCAUAAGGACGGUGCCCACACGAGGAGAGCAGGUGAUACGAAAUAGUAUGAGCUGAAAAACUUCAAGGUAAUGGCUGUUUUGACCUUCAAAAGAGACUCCUUUUUUGUUUUGGUUGUUGGUAGGACCCAAGAGUGACGCCCAUCUUUGAUGCUGACAGAAUUUAAAACAAGGCCAUUGCCCUGCAUUUUCUGCCUUGUAGCACACAGAAGUAAAAUUGUAUGUCAGGCCGAGGUGUCGGGGAGCUGACAAGAUGCCCCAGUGACAUUUCAGCUAGAAAGAGCAAGUGUCUUGCAACCAAGUGGUCAAAUAUCAAAUAAUAGGUCAAGCAGGAAGGAGCUGAGUUCUAACCACAAAGAGGGUUCUGGUAACUUACUUGACAAGCUUUUGGGCGCUUUGUGGCUUGACAAAGUGAUGUUCUGUUGGGUAUCGCUAGACAGACUGUUCUUUAUCGCCUUCAGAAGAUCAGACAUUGACAUUGAUUAAACUCUUUAACCCUUAAAGGUUAAAUCCUUGCAGUUUGCAUCAUGGUAAGUGAAGAACAAAGAAAUAUCUGUAAUAUGUAUUUGUUUUUGUAUUAAUCUUUUAACUCCCCCAGUGCUAUUAACUUCUGAUGUGAACUGUACUUUCUGGCAGAGUUUUGAUACAAAAUCCAUAUUUUAUAUUAUUUUUCACGAUGGAGCUUUUCAUUAUGGAUACAUUUAGAAAAUAAAAUAGAAAUUCCCUA